CACAUAGUUGAAGAUACAGAUCUUCAUUAGCUGAACCAGGGUCUUAUCAUUCUCACAACAAGCAACAAACGACCUCAACCAUGUCCAGCAUCCUCAAAGUGUUUCUGCUCCUGGCUGUCAUGAUCUGCAUCUCUAAAGCCCAGCUCCAUGAGUCCGGACAGCAGUGCCUGUGUCGACGAGUCAGGAGAGGAAUCAAUCCCCGUUCUGGUGUCAAGGACAUUCAGAUUUACUCUGCAACCAUCUUCUGUGAAAAAGUGGAGAUUAUUGUCACCGACAACCAGGGCCUUCGUUACUGCCUGAACCCAGAAGUCCAGUUGAAAAAUGUGCAGAAACUCCUGACUAAAAUCAUGGCCAAAAGGAACAAGGCCACCACUGUCAGCACCGCCAGCACCACCAGCAACGUCAACACUGCCUCUCUGUAACUCUUUGACAAAUCUCAGAUGACCUCUGACUCUGACUUCAUGCACCUUAAAACAAAUGUAGAUGUGAAAAAUCCUUUGCCUAUUUAUGUUCUAUUUAUACUCACGUGCACGGACAGCAUGUUUCUAAUUUAUGUCCUUUUUCAUCUCUUAAACUGAUGUACAUGUUGUGAACCAAGUAUUUCUGCAUUUU